CAAAUCUUCGUUCUGGAUUUUCACCCACAACCCGCACAUGCACUAUAUCUUCCCACCGGCGCCCAUAUUUCACGCAAGCUAAUUCGUCUCCGCAAUCAAUAAUAUGGAGUAGCCACAGUCCAGUCCCGCAGAUAGCGGGGUGAGCUCUCAGAUGGUAGGUACCAAUUCCCCUCCAAGUCGUGAGUACAUCGACGAUCUUACCAUUGUUGGAUUUUCUGAAGCUGCAUUGCUAUCGCGAGUUGUCAGCUGGCAGGAAUUUGAGUCAGUUAAUUGGCAAGAGUCGGUGUGCUCGCAGUUUCUUUCGUAUCAGAGACGCGAAGUUCUUUCCGUCUGUAGUCAAAAGUCUCUUGCUUCCCUUUCUGUCCCCCACAUUUUCUCUCCCCCUCUCUCUCUCUUCCCUACCACUUCCUUCACGAUUCACCAUCUAAAAUACCACUUCGAACACUUCUUCAACCCACAACAGCAAAAUGACAGUCACAAAACGAGUUUGGUGGAAAGAUGGCGUUGUCUAUCAAAUCUACCCCGCCAGCUUCAAAGACUCCAACAACGACGGCCUAGGAGACAUUCCCGGCAUCAUCUCCAAAAUCGACUACAUCAAAGAUCUAGGCAUCGAUAUCGUCUGGGUAUCCCCAAUGUACGAUUCUCCUCAGCACGACAUGGGAUACGAUAUCUCGAACUACGAGGCCGUCUACGCUCCUUACGGGACAGUGGCAGAUAUGGAAGAACUGAUCGAAGCCUGCCAUUCCCGCGGUAUGCGACUGAUCCUCGAUCUCGUCAUAAACCACACUUCGGACGAACACAAAUGGUUCGAAGAAUCACGAAGCUCGAAAGAUAACCUGAAGAGAGAUUGGUACAUUUGGAGACCUGCAAAGUACGACAAAGAUGGGAAGAGAAUGCCUCCGAAUAAUUGGAGAUCGUUCUUCAGUGGCAGUACGUGGGAAUGGGAUGAACAUACGCAAGAAUACUACCUUCACCUCUUCGCAAAACAACAGCCAGAUCUCAAUUGGGAGAAUCCCGAGGCCCGAAAAGCAAUCUACGAUUCUGCGAUGGAGUUCUGGCUCAAGAAAGGUGUAGAUGGGUUCAGAGUGGAUACCGUGAAUAUGUAUUCGAAAGGCACAUCCUUACCAGAUGCUCCUAUCAUCGAUGCUGGUGUUUUCGAACAACCUGCUCCAGGUCUAUUCUGCAAUGGUCCUCGAAUGCACGAAUUCCUCCGCGAAAUGAAUACCCAAGUACUCUCCAAAUACGACACCAUGACCGUCGGCGAACUCCCACACACGCCAGACCCCGCACACGUUCUUCGGUACGUUGGAUCUGGAGACAAGCAACUGGACAUGGUCUUCCAAUUCGACAUCGUUGAUCUCGGAAUUGGCAAGACGCACAAGUACGAAUAUGAGGGCUACCAACUUCCCGAACUGAAACAAGUAGUUUCCAAAUGGCAAAAAUUCAUCGAGGGCAGCGACGGCUGGACGACCGCCUUCUGCGAGAACCACGACCAAGGACGCUCCGUCUCGAGAUUCGCAUCCGAUGCUCCCGAGUUCCGCGAACGCUCCUCGAAAAUGCUCGCAAUCAUGAUGUGCGCCAUGACUGGCACACUGUUCGUCUACCAAGGCCAGGAAAUCGGCAUGAUCAACGCGCCCAAGGACUGGCCGAUCGAGGACUACAAGGAUAUCGAGAGCAUCAAUUACUAUAACUCCGUCAAAGCUCGCGGAGGCGACGAAAAAGCGUUAGCGCACGUCAUGAAAUCGAUCCAGAUCCUCGGACGAGAUCACGCCCGCUUGCCGAUGCAGUGGGACGCUUCUCCGUACGCGGGAUUCACGGGCAAGAAGGACGGGGCGUGGAUGCGGACUAAUGAUUCAUACAAGGAGAUCAACGUCGCGAACCAAACCGAGGAUCCAAACUCCGUGCUUAAUUUCUGGCGCAAGAUGAUUAAAAUGAGGAAGGAGUAUAGGGAUGUCUUCAUCCAUGGCGCGUUCGAGGGCUAUGAUGUCGAGAAUCGGGAUACGUUCGUCUUUUCCAAGACGAAGGGGGAGAGUAGGGUGGUUGUGGUGUUGAAUUUCACGGGGAGGGAGAGCGGGUUCGAAAGGCCGAAGGAGUUGGGCGGGAAGUGGGAGUUAUUGGUUAGUAGUGCGGAAGGGGUGGAUGGGACGGAGAGGUUGGGGGCUUAUGAGGGGAGGAUUUAUACGGUGAAUUGAGGAGGUGGUGGAUUAUGGACUGGUGGUAGUUCCGCGUUGCUUUUUAUGACUUCUGAUUGCUGAAAGUGCGGGAUAGAGCAACGAUUUUAAUUGUAUGCCUGGUUUCAUGUUCUUGUCUUUUGUUUUC